AUGGCCAAUAACGUAUAUUUCUCCCUCCUUCCUUCUGAGAUUUGUCGUCUGGUUCUGGCAAAUGAAAAACGAGAAUCAAUUAUUCGAAAAUGGACCGACGCUUCCCUUCCAAACUGUCAUCCUGGUGAAGUAGCACCACUUUUAGUCUGCCUCUUUUCUGACUCCCACGCCAUAGAAACCGCGCUUUCACCCCCUCAAGGCCCUGGUCACAUCACUACACCUGUCAGAACACCAACUUUGACGCCAGUCGUCUCCCUCCCUUCAACGUGUUCUCCUCGCCGCAUUACCGUUCUGCGUUCGAAAGCACUGACAACCUCUACUCAAAACCGGGUAAAACUAGUCCCUUCUGUUAGGACCCUGUCUUCCACCCCGAAGGUGGUAUUAAAAGUGGUUCGGACUCAAUCUGGUACGGUAUCUGCCCAGUCUUCUUCGACUUCGCCCUCUUCGUCGCGUCGGAAAAUCCACAGCAAACCCGUACAUGUCACAGCGAUCGCAGCCAAUCCUGCAGUUUCGGCGGAUCCUUCUCUGAACAUUCAGCGUGUCUUUUGCAACCUUGCGGCAAAUGCAGAGACAGUGGCUAAUAGGAUAAACUCUAACUUGGGUAAUGGGGCAUCCUGUGAAGCCUCUCUUUCGCAAUUGGACUUUCCCCUUCCUGCGGAGAUCGACCAGGGCUCAUUAAGUCUCUCGGAGCAGGACAUGCAUGACUUCAUCAACCGACUACUGAGCGAUGUCGAUAGUUUAGGAAGCAAGUCGCCGGUGAAAACUGGUGCCGGCACUGCUGCAGUUGCUCCCUUGUCACCCCCUCCAUCCUCCACCGUCACUGCCACUGUUAUCCCGUCUGGACGGACUGAAACAACCUCUGGCGUUACACCGCGUGGAAGGAUUCCCGUUAAGCCCACCUCCAACCCCUCCUUUGAGUCCAUACCUGAUGAGCAGGCGGUAAAUUAUUGCUUUCCUGCUACUAAGGUUACAUCCCCUGCUACUACCGCUACCAAAACCCUCACCAGGACUACAUCUGCUUCUUCGUCCUCUUUCACCACCUCCACCACCAUUCCAUCAACUUUUAAGUCACCUCCGAAGCGACCCAGACUUACGGCACGUCGUCCGUCAGCUUCCACUUAUUUCAGCUGCGCCGACAACGGUUUCUUCCUUGCUCCACCAACUGGUUCUAUGUAA